GUGGUGAGCCCGGUAGCAGCCACGAUUUAACGACGGAGAAGAGAAAGCUCCCUUCCGCCUUUGUUUUCUUUCCUCGAAAAGAAAGAGGCUUUUUAUCCAGACAAACUCGUUUCAUUUUAAAUUUGUAUAUUAUUAAGAUCACUCUCACCUAGAAAAUGAAGGUGAAUCCGAUCAGCAGUUAUUUUGGUAAACCAUCCACGUCGACCUCUUCCCCACAAGCAACGUCCCCCAUCCAAGUUCCUUCUCGCCGUGUAAAGAAAAAGGUAAAGAAACCUGAACCACCCCCAGAAGAUGAGGAAAUGUCCGAUCAUGAGGAUCCACUCCCACGAAAAGAGAGAGAAAAAAAGAAAUCUGAGAAAAGGAAAGCUAGAGUUUUGAGCGAUUCUGACGAUGAGGAAGCUUUCGUAAAGAAGAAACCAGACAAAAAAGUUGACAAGAAAACCAUUGUUGUGCCAGAGAAAAAACCAGUGGUUGAGAAGAAAGUGGAAAGAAAAAAUGUGGAUCCGAAAGACUAUUUUAGUCAAGCAAAAGUUAAACAAGACAAAAUUGAGAAAAAGCCGGUCGUCGCCGAGAUCCCACCAGUUACCAAGAAAGAAAAGAGGGAUGACUCCGAACUUGACAAAAAAGUUGAUAAAUCUCCACAGAAAAAAUCAUCACGUUCAAGUUCCCCACAAAAAUCCCCCAUAAAAGAUGAACCCCCCAAGAAACAAUUGAAAGUGAGCACUCCUCCACCGGCACAACCUUCGUCAAGCAGUCGCCGCUCUUCUCCACAAAAAUCCCCCAUAAAAGAUGAACCCCCCAAGAAACAAUUGAAAGUGAGCUCUCCUCCUCCGGCAAAAUCUUCAUCAUCAAGCAGUCGCCGUUCUUCUCCGCGAAAAUCAUCGACUCGACCUCAAGUUUCCUCUGAUUCUGAUUCUGAACCAGAUUUUAAUCCCAAAAAGAAAUCAAAGCCAAGUACAUCACGAUCUUCGUCUAAAUCAAACUUAACCAUCACUAAGAAAUCUGAUAAAGAGAAAGAGAAGGAUCCUCCAGAAUCAAAGAAAACUCCUGCAAAGAAAACGUCCAAAAAAGAGAAGGAAGAGAAACCGCCCCCCACGGAGGAAGAGAAGAAAAAGAAAUCAUCUAACUAUGCAAAAUUUUUAGCUCAUCAGACAGCGAAGCCACGACAUCUUGGAGAAAAACGAAUUCCCAUCGGGACAAAGGAUUGUUUGGACGGUUUGACAUUAGUAGUUACAGGGGUAUUGGAUUCCUUGGAGCGAGAUUCUUGCAAGUCUUUGGUAGAAAAAUAUGGAGCCCGUCUAACUACAGGUGUUAGUAAGAAAACGACCCACUUGAUUGUUGGUGAUGAUCCGGGUGCAAGUAAAAUCGCGAAAGCAGAGCAACUUGGAAUUCCAAUGAUAAGCGAAGAUGGAUUAUUAGAAAUGAUUCGUAUUUCUAACCCUGAUGGGAAUAACAACGAUGAAGAAGUUAUUGAAAUGUUGGACUUGGGAGAUGCUGAAGAAUCACCACCUGUUCACACUCCUGAGAAGAACAAAUCACCUAAAGUAAAAGUAGAAGAAAAAGAAAAAUCCUCAAAAGACCGGCCCAAGAAACAUACAGAUAAAACUGAUCGUAGCGCCCCGCUGUCCCUACCGGCACUCCCUCCACCACCACCACCAAGUUUGAUGUGGGUUGAUAAGUAUAAACCAAAAACGAUGAAGCAAAUCGUUUCACAUGGAAAAGAAACGGGAAAUGCAACCAAAUUAGUUAGAUGGUUAAAUAACUGGUUUAAAUAUCAUGGAAAGGCCAAUGAUAAAGCGAAAACUAAUCCUCCAGGAUUUCGUGAUCCAGAAGGGAAAACGUACAAGUGUGCCUUACUCUCGGGUCCGCCGGGUAUUGGGAAAACCACCACAGCACAUUUAGCAUGCAAAGAAGUUGGCUAUGAUUUCUUCGAGCUGAAUGCAUCGGAUACGCGAAAUAAGAAAGGUCUUCACCAAACGGUGUCUGAUGCCCUGUCCUGUAAAACCAUGUACGGAGGGAUUAAUGACUUGACCAAGCAGCACGUUCUUAUCAUGGAUGAAGUGGAUGGGAUGAGUGGAAAUGAAGAUCGGGGUGGAAUCCAAGAAUUAAUUGGCUUGAUAAAAACUUCUCGUGUCCCAGUGAUAUGCAUUUGUAAUGAUCGGAAUCAUCCAAAAAUCCGCUCCCUUGCCAAUUACUGUUUUGAUCUCCGUUUUAACAAGCCAACUGUCCAAGAAUUGAAAGCAUUGGUGGCUACAAUAUCAUUUCGAGAAAAGUUAAAGAUUGAUCCUCAGCGAGUUAUCCAGCUCUGCAUUUCAACCGACAUGGACAUUCGACAAAUUAUCCACACGUUGGAAUUGUACAAAGAUACCAAUGCAGAAAACGUUUCUGCUCCGAAGAAAGAUUUAAGAUUCGGACCGUGGGACGUUUGUAGAAAAGUUUUCCUUAAACCAGAACAUGAAAUGAUGAACAUUCAUGAGAAAACUGGAUUGUUCUUUCAAGAUUAUUCCAUCGGAUCAUUAUUCAUUCAAGAAAAUUAUCUUAAAAUGAUUCCAGUCAAAGCAAAGCAAAAAUAUUCAGAAGCAAUUGAUCGACAUCGUCGAUUGGAAUUAAUUGCACGCAGCGCUGCUGCCAUCUCAUUAGGUGAUGUCGCGGAAACAAUGAUUCGGAAAACGAAUAAUUGGUCAUUAUUACCUGUUCAAGGGAUUUUUUCAAGCUAUAUACCUGGAGAGUUAAUGGAAUCGAAUUUGAGCGGUAACAUAGAAUUUCCAAGCUGGUUAGGAAAGAAUUCCAACAAAAACAAGCGUCAACGGUUACUCCAAUCACUGCACACUCAUGUCCAUCUUCAAGUCAGUGCUAGUUUGGAAGCGUUGAACAUGGAUUAUCUUCCUUAUCUUAGGAGAAAGAUUUGUACUAGAUUAGGCGGUGAUGAUGUUACUGCCGCUGCGGAAGUCAUGGAGACAUACAGUUUGCUCCGGGAUGACGUGGAAUCGUUGAAUGAUCUCUGUCACUGGCCAGGAAUGAAGAACCCCUUAGAACAUGUUGAUAGCAAGACAAAAGCUGCCUUCACGCGGAUGGUGAAUAAGGAAGUGUUGCCAUAUGCGAGUGAUAAGGGUGUCAAGAAAGGGAGAAAGGCUGCUACGGAUGUUGAAGGUUACGGCGAAGAAGAAGAGGAAGUGGGGAUCGUUUCUGAGGAGGAUGAAGAUGCUGAUAAAGUGGAGAAAGACGCCAUGAUCAAAAUGAAGAAAUCAGGAGGAAGAAAGAAAGCAGCAGUGUCGGAAAGUCCAGCUAAAUCGUCCAAUAAAAAGAAAGGAAGGAAAUAAUUAUUAUUUUGAAUUAAAUUCAGCAUUUAUUCGUAUUAUUGAAAAUUUGGAAUGUAUGUAUCAUUCAUUCUUGGACGGAAUAAGUAAAUAAUUCAUUGACAAAAAUAA